UCGCGCGGUCACACGCGCUUAAGGAGCAAUUUGUCACCAGUGAAGAAGAGACAGAACUGUAUCAAGUUGACAGGGAGGCAGACUCAUCGCUUCUUCUACCUACUUCUGAAGCCUUUACUUGCUUGCUUGUAAUCAUGGAUGCGUCCCUCUUUCAGUUCUUCAUAGAGGAAUUCGGCGACGCCAACUGUACUCUUAUGGAUGCUUUUCAGGACACUUUAUACGAGAAUUCGUCUUUCGCGUCGAUGAGUGUCGACGGUCUCUAUUGUAACGCCACCACGGAUGAAAUAGGAACUUGCUGGCCAAGAAGCAACUCUGGACAGAUAAUUGAGCGCCCCUGUCCAGAGUACAUUAACGGGGUCAAAUACAACACGACUAGAAUUGCAUACAGAGAGUGUCUGGACAAUGGCACUUGGGCACUGAAAAGUAACUACUCCAACUGUGAGCCCAUUUUAGAGGAAAAGAGAAAGUAUCCUAUGCACUACAAGAUAGCCCUCAUCAUCAACUACUUUGGUCACUGUAUAUCUGUUGGAGCUCUCAUUAUCGCUUUCAUUCUCUUUCUGUGCUUGAGGAGCAUCCGAUGCCUUCGCAACAUUAUCCACUGGAACUUAAUUACGACAUUCAUUCUGAGGAAUGUAAUGUGGUUUUUGCUUCAACUGAUCGACGAGAACAUUUAUGAGACGAAUGAGUCUCAAGUCCCUGCUCAGUACCACCACCUCAAAGCAGCGUUCAGCAAAUGGAAGGCCACCUUCUCAUCUCCUCAUCGCCACUAUGACUGCGCCAUUGAGCUACUUCCAGGACCUACUUUGUCUUCCCCCGAACUAACUGCUAUGGACAAAUACAUUAACAAAGCCCCUGUGGCAGGCAUGUCCCCUUUUGAGUGCCAGUUCGGGUACACCCCUCCACUAUUCCCUGUGCAAGAAGUGGAGGUUGCAGUUCCCUCUGCUCAACAGUUUGUUAAAUGCUGCCCGCCAGACAUGGAAAAUGGCACUACUCAAGUUCCUUAA